AUGACCCGAAUCAAAGAACUCCUAACCAAAAUUUCUGAUUCUGGAAAGCACAUUUCCUCCACAAAGAAACACAAGAAAGUUAUCUUGGCAGUGUUUGGAUCUUUAGUGAUUGUUGCUGCUAUAAUUGGCAUUGUCGCCGGGGUGAAUUCACGCAAUAACUCCGAUGAAACCGAUACAUCCCACCAUGCCAUAGUAAAAUCAGCUUGUAGCAUCACACGCUACCCUGAUUUAUGCUUCUCAGAAGUAGCUGCAGCUCCUGCUGCUACCUCCAAAAAGGUUAAAAGCAAAAAAGAUGUCAUCGAAUUGUCCCUUAACAUCACAACCACUGCGGUUGAACACAACUACUUCAAAAUUAAGAAGCUGUUGGCAAAGAAGGGCCUCACGGAACGUGAAAAGACAGCUCUCCAUGAUUGUUUGGAGACUAUAGAUGAGACCCUCGACGAGCUUCACGAGGCUGUUGAGGACCUGCAUGAGUAUCCUAACAAGAAAUCUUUGACUCAGCACGCGGAUGACCUCAAGACCCUGAUGAGCGCUGCCAUGACCAACCAAGAAACUUGCUUGGAUGGUUUCUCUCAUGACGCUGCCGACAAGAAAAUCCGUAAAGUCCUGAUCGAUGGCGAGAAGUAUGUUGAAAGGAUGUGCAGCAAUGCACUUGCCAUGAUCAAGAACAUGACGGACACUGAUAUUGCAAACGAGAUGCUCAAGACAUCAUCAAACAGGAAGCUAAAGGAGCAAGAAAAUGGCAUUGCCUGGCCAGAGUGGUUGUCUGCCGGCGACAGGCGUCUGCUUCAAUCGUCUUCGGUGACCCCUGACGUGGUUGUGGCGGCAGAUGGUAGCGGGAACUACAAGACAGUGUCGGAAGCUGUGGCCAAAGCACCACAGCGUAGCAGCAAAAGGUAUGUGAUUAAAAUCAAAGCAGGUGUCUACAGAGAAAACGUGGAAGUCCCCAAGAAGAAGACCAACAUAAUGUUCCUGGGAGAUGGAAGAACUGAAACGAUCAUCACCGGCAGCAGGAAUGUGGUUGAUGGCAGCACUACUUUCCACUCUGCUACAGUUGCUGUGGUUGGUGAACGGUUCCUUGCACGGAGCAUAACCUUCCAAAACACAGCAGGUCCCUCCAAGCACCAAGCCGUUGCCCUCCGUGUUGGCGCUGAUCUCUCAGCAUUCUACGAAUGUGACAUGCUAGCAUAUCAAGACACUCUCUAUGCUCACUCCAAUCGACAAUUUUAUGUGAACUGCAUCAUAGCAGGAACUGUUGAUUUUAUCUUUGGCAAUGCUGCAGCUGUGUUCCAAAACUGUGAUAUUCAUGCUCGAAGACCCAAUUCAGGACAGAAAAACAUGGUGACUGCCCAAGGCAGGACUGACCCCAACCAAAACACAGGCAUUGUUAUCCAGAAAUGUAGGAUUGGUGCCACCUCUGAUUUGCAGUCUGUUACGAGCAACUUCCCAACAUAUCUUGGCAGGCCCUGGAAGGAAUAUUCAAGGACUGUUGUAAUGCAAUCAGUUAUUAGUGAUGUGAUUCACCCUGCUGGGUGGCACGAGUGGAGUGAGAGUUUUGCCUUGAGAACAUUGUUUUAUGGUGAGUACCAGAACACCGGGGCAGGUGCUGGAACUUCUGGGAGGGUGAAAUGGGAAGGGUACAAGGUAAUCACUAGUGCAAGUGAAGCUCAGGCGUAUAGUCCUGGCAGGUUCAUUGCUGGUGGAAGUUGGCUAAGCUCUACAGGCUUUCCUUUCUCUCUUGGGUUAUAAGUUGAAGCAUGUCCUGUGAUGUAGAUACCUACCUUAUUGUUGAUUUGAGAUUACUUUGCGACCAUGUCUCUUAUAAGGUUAAUAAUAAGCGUAUGCCAAGGUUUUCUUCAAAUUUA